UCUCGAGUCGUCACAGUAUGUCUUCGCGUACCACCGCCUCCGCCUCGAUAACUGCACAUUAGCACAGUAAAGCGCAUAUUUUAAUAUUAUGUAAUAAUAUGCUACCUAUGCUAUGUAAUAUUAUGUAUUGUUUUUAAUUACUGUCGAUUGUAUAUUGUUAUUUUGAUUUUUUUUUUAAAAAGUUAAUAGCGGUCCGUCGCGGAAUAUUACAUUGUAAUAUCAUAUCUACAUUAAUAACGCGCGUCGCUCGCUGCAGUACUCGAUAUCUGUCGCAAUUUUUGUAUGCGUUUCGAAAGUGGUUUCGUCUUGCACAUGCUCGGCGAACAGGGCGCCGCCGUCGGCGGGUACGGCAGACCCGAGGACGAGUACGCGUCCGAAAACACCAAGAGGUUCACGGUGGACUCGCUGUUGCAGGUCCGGAGGCCGGCCAUUGCGACCGACGACAAUAAGCGGCCAACGGCCACCUGCAUGACACCCUGCUAUGAAGUCGAAACGAAUUCAGAGACGGACGGUCAACGGAAAAGUAAGCCGAGAAGAAAUCGUACAACAUUUUCCAGUUGUCAGUUGCGAGCAUUAGAAAAAGUGUUUGAAAGAACUCAUUAUCCAGACGCGUUUGUCAGAGAGGAGCUGGCAAGAAGAGUUUGUUUGUCAGAGGCCAGAGUUCAAGUUUGGUUUCAAAACCGGAGGGCGAAAUUCAGACGGAACGAGAGAAGUAGUCUGUCGAGGAACAACCCCACACUAUCAACCGCGCCCGAUUGCCGAUCUCCGAACGUAGAACAACCCCUUUUACCCAGGUCAAAUACGAACGUUGUUCACGCGGAACCUCCGUUUACAUCUGGCUCUGGUUUUGGCGGUCUCCUGGAGUACUCGGCGUGGAAAUCGAACGGUUUAUCACAGUGUGGAAUGUUUCAACACUCGUCAAGUUACCCGGCUUUUUUACCUGCAGCAGUCUCCACCACAGGUAGUCAUGCACACGGUAAUCCUUCGAUGUCGAUGGCAGUUUCAAACUGUCUGGUACCGAACCACCACCAUCACCACCAUCACCAUGCCGGUUACAUGGUUUCCACUAACCUGGCAAACAUGAGAAUUCGUCCUCAAGAAUAUUAUAUGGACACACCUCACAUGUAGUAGACUUGCAGACCGCAUAUAUAUAUUUAUACAUAUAUAUAUACCACAAAUUACGGCUCGUCUACA